AUGACGUGGUUGGGGAUCGACGAUGGCGACGGAGCGCGGUUCUACGUCGGUGAAGUCGCGCACGCGCGGCUGAAGCCGGUGAGAAGGGAGUUUAAGUACCCUCUGCGGUGCGCGGUGGUCGACUUGGACGCGCCGCCGCGAUGGUUCGCGGCGAGCGGGCAGGCGCGCGAUCACCUGACGGCGGAUGAAGCGCGCGAACGCGUGGGGUUGACGGGUGCGGUGGAGCUGUUGACGUCGCCGAAGUCGUUCGGGUACGCCCAGAAUCCAAUCUCGGUGUAUUACUGUCGGGACGACGCGGGCGAGCUGCGCGCGGCGCUCGCCGAGGUGACGAAUACGCCGUGGAACGAACGCGUGGUGUUCGCGUUCGAUCCGACGCCGGUGUCGAAUGAAAACGAAGCCACGGUGCCGAAAGCGUUGCACGUGUCGCCGUUCAUGGACAUGGAGGGCGAGUGGUACGUCUCGAGUACGGCGCCGGGGGACGACGUGACGCUGCGCGUCAACGUGUUGAACCAUCCAAGAUACGGUGAUUACUUUUACGCCUCACUCAAGGCAAAAUUGGACAAAGGUCGAUACGUGAGGUGUCGAAACGAACGCGCGGGAUUGGUUAACUUGCUCAAGCACGGGUGCACGCCGCACAGGGUGGCGUAUUGGAUUUAUGCGCAGGCGGUGGCGAUUCUCUUAGCGGGCGUCUCGUUUUACGCGCCGCCCGGGUUGAGCAACGUCGAGACGCGCGUUCGCGCCAAAGGCGAUCGCGGAGGUAUGUGCCCGAUGCGCCCGACGUUCAGAGGCGCGCCGUAUUGGCCAUGGCGUACUUAG